AUGGCAAUUCUCUGGUCCUGGACUUCUAAUGUCUAUUGCAUAUUUAGAUCCAGGAAAUAGUAAAUCUAUAUUUAUAACUUAAUCAAUAAUCUAGUUGCUGGAGACCUUGACGCAGGCAACUCAGCAGGUUAUAGGUUACUCUGGAUUUUACUGACUUCUACAUGCCUAGGAUUAUUUUUUUAAAUCUUAGCUGCAAGAUUAGGAGUAGUAACAUAGAGAAAUUUGGCAAGAAACUGCAGAGAGCAAUUUCCGAAGCAUGGCUUUUUUGCAUUCCUUAUUGGAACUAUGGCUAUUUGCUUUUUCGUAAAUUUUUUCAUUGUGGGGCCUGACGUAGGGUCUGUAUUUUUUGGUACUUUUGUGCCAACAAUUCCUUCAGGAACUUUGUCUUAAGCGAUCGGAUUAGUAGGUGCAGUAAUAAUGCCGCAUAAUCUUUACUUGCAUUCUGCUUUAGUUUUGUCCAGGAAAAUCGAUAACAAAAACUAGAAGCAAGUUUAUGAGGCUAAUUAUUAUAAUGCGGUCGAAAGUGGAAUAUCCCUUUUUGUUUCAUUCUUAAUCAACUUCUCAGUUGUUGGAACUUUUGCAUAUUAUCAUGAUAAGGGGCUUGAUGAUCUUAAUUUAAGAUCAGCUGAUGUUGCUUUAGAAUAGGCAUUUGGCAAUGCUGCUAGAAUUAUUUGGGGUAUUGGAUUGCUAGCUGCUGGACAAUCAUCAACAAUGACUGGAACAUAUGCUGGUCAAUUCGUUAUGGAGGGUUUCUUUGACAUAAAGUUGACAGUAUGGAAAAGAGUUCUUGUAACUAGAAGCAUUGCAAUUCUUCCUGCUUUGGCAGUGGCUUUUAUCCAGGAUUUCGACGAUGUUGACACAUAUCUAAAUAUUUUGCAAAGUAUCUAGCUUCCGUUUGCACUUAUUCCUCUGCUAAAGUUCACUUCAUCGCCUAAAGUUAUGGGCAAGUUUUCCAAUGGAAAAUGUCCUAUGUACUUCUCUGUAAUCAUGGCAUGUUUCUUGUUUGCGAUUAAUGUUUACAAUUUGAUUCCUAUUGGAGUUGCUGGCUGGAUUUAUGCCCCGUUUGCCAUCGGAUUUGCUCUCUAUUUAACUUUAAUCAUUAUUGUCAUAAGAACUCCAAUUUAUCAACUAAAAGACUUGGAAGAAGAAUAUGAUGAUGAUCAAAUUGCAAAGAUAACAAUCGCUGACUAUGAGACUGCUUCAAAGAGUUAAUGA